GGUUUAUAUACUUUCGCCAAAAUGUUUGUUUUUUUAUAGAUUAUUGUGAGCUGACUACGGGCAAAUAUGAUCUCGAUCCAUUAAACUGUCUAAUAAAAAAGAAUUUUGAUUAUUUGGUCAAUAUGUGGCGGAAAUAUUUAUAAUAAUAAAAUCCUCCUUUUAGAUUUUGAAGUCGAUUAAAAAUUUAAAAUCACUCUCAUUACAGGUCACCUUGGAAAAAUUUGAAUGAUUCACUUUUUGUGUAAUUUUAUAAAUAAUAUGUAUUUCCCCAUUCCGUUUAACAGCGAUUUUCCGAUUGUUACGGUGCAAGGUUAAAGUGAUAGUAUUUAAUGCAGUAAAUUGCUCUAUUACAGGUCCACGAUGAUGAAAAUUGCUGUAAUAGCACUCCUGGCCGUAUCUACGGUCAGCUCACAAUGUUUUUAUAAGGAUGACUCCUCCAAGAAACUGGAUCCAGAAGCACGAACGAACCUUUACCGUGGACAACUAGAGUUCACCCUAAACUUAUUCAAUGCUAUCAACAAAGCGGUGCCCAACGACAAUAUAUUCUUUUCACCAUUCUCAGUCUACCAUACAUUGCUGCUCGCUUAUUUUGCUGCGGGUGGAGAAACGGAAAAGUCAUUGAAACAUUCUCUUCAGAUUAAGAAUAACUUAGACAAGAUCAACCUGAUGACUGCGUAUAAAGUGGAUAAGCGAUCACGUACAGCGAAUAACAAUAGUGACAGCUACGAAUUCACAAGUGCUAACAAACUUUUCGUGGACGAAGAACUACGUGUGCGUGAUUGCAUGUUCCAGUUGUUCGGAGAGGAAAUACAAGCACUGAACUUCCACAAUAGUCCCCGAGAGGCCAAAGACUACAUUAACGAGUGGGUCGCACGAGUAACCAAGAAUAACAUCAAGGACUUAUUGCCUGAUGAUGGUGUCAGUGAGGCUACCAAGCUAGUGUUGGCGAACGCAGCAUACUUCAAGGGUGUCUGGGCCUCAAAGUUCCCUGUCGAAAGAACUAAAAAAGAAGCGUUCUUUGUGUCUGAGACUAGACAAACUCUGGUCCCGUUCAUGAAGCAAAAGGGAACUUUCCAUUACAUGGUGAGUGACGACUUGGGUGCACAGAUCCUGGAAUUACCGUACAAGGGUAAUGAUAUCAGCAUGUACAUUCUCCUGCCACCGUACUCUAUGAAGGAAGGAGUGACUAACAUAAUUCAGAACCUUACCCCAGAAAGGCUGGCUGCUGUUGUAGAGGAGAGCUAUAUGGGUCGUGAAGUCAUCGUUGAGAUCCCCAAAUUCACAAUGGAAAGGAGUCUGCCUCUUAGAGAGAUUCUUGAAGUGGUGGGUGUAGGAGACCUGUUUAACGCUAGUGCUGACUUCACUACGCUGACGGAACAGAGUGGCGUACUGUUCGAUGACGCAGUACACAAAGCCAAGAUACAACUUGACGAAGAAGGUACCGUUGCAGCGGCAGCGACGGCAAUUUUCGGUUUUCGAUCAUCGCGGCCCGCAGAACCGAGUCGCUUUAUCGCCAACUUCCCCUUCGUUUAUGUCAUUUACGAGAGGCCUACCAGCUCCAUCCUCUUUAUGGGUGUCUACAGAGAUCCCAAGAAAUAAGUUUUCAUCUCACAAAAUUAGAAGAGUUUAAGUCUAUAACAUAAUCAAUAGGUCUUAUAUAAAGGCUGAAGUGCAAAUUCAAGAUUUUCAACGAGAGACUGGUAAAGUUUGAUUUGAUAUAAUGUGGUAUAUUUUAAAAUAUAAAAUUGAAAUUUUUAUAUUAAUGAUUUUACUAUGAUGGACUUGCUCCUUUUUAAUGUUUCAGUGUACUAACAAAAUAUACUUUUU